UUUAUGCCAAACACAGGAUAUCAGACGCAGUUCAACUAUAGACUUAACGAUGGCUCGUUCGGAACAUUCCAAGACUCUAAAAGUUCAAUAUGGCUGACCGCGUCCGUGGUAAAAGCUUUUGCAUUGGCUCGAAAAUACAUCUACGUCACUGAAUCUGGACUUCAGCAAAGUGUAAACUGGCUUGUGAAACAACAAUUAUCUGAUGGCUGCUUCCCCAUUAUAGGAUCACUUGUUCACAAAGAUAUGAAGAGUGAAACUGAUGAUUCAUUAACGACAGUCUUCGUUCUAAUCUCGCUGCUAGAAUCUAAACUCGAAGUGCCAACCGCUACGAUCAAAAAUGCUAUGAAUUGCAUAGAAAGAUCUAAGCUUAAUUACUACAAUAUUCUUUACACCAAAAUUAUGACUACAUACGCACUCACUCUGAUGGAACAUCCUCUUGCAAAAGCUGCCGUACAGGAAAUGCUGCGCGUCGCUAAAAAUGAAAAUGACGUAAUGUGGUGGGAGGACCCAGAAAGGAAGUCGUUAAGCUCUAGCAUCGAAAUGACAUCUUACAUGGUUCUCGCGAUGGCCCAACUCGGCGGUCAGAAUAUGAAAGAUGCUUUGAUGGCUGUUCGUUGGUUAACGAGACACAAAAACUCCCUUGGUGGAUUUGUGUCUACACACGACUCAGCACUUGCUUCACAAGCAAUCACCGCGUAUGCGGUAUUUGGAGGCAGGCCAACUACGCAGUUGUCUGUUUUAGUGAUUACUGAUGAUCUGGAUCGUCCAUGUAAAUUGGACGAAGAGACCAGUCUGAUACCUGAGUAUGUUGAUCUUCCAAAAACACCGUCCUCCGUUGAUGUUUCAGUCCAUGGUGACGGCUGCGCUGUAGCACAGGUCAACGUGAAAUACAGCAUUCUACCUCGGCCCAGUCAAUCUUUCGACCUGUCAGUUACUGUCAAUCCGAUUGUCCCCGACAAAUGCGACAUACUAGAGCUUCAGGCUUGUACCCGAUACAAGGGGUCAGAUGGUUACACCAAUAUGGCUAUAUUGGAGGUUUCUAUGUUGACCGGUUACGUGCCAGUUCGAGAUAGUUUGGAUCAGUUACUUACAUCGCGAAAGAUACAGAAGUACGAGAUUAAAGAAAAUAAGCUUCAUCUUUAUUUCGAGAAACUUAUUAAGGAAGUGACCUGUGUUUCACUCAAGAUAAGAAAACAGAUUGAGGUGUACAAUUUUAAGCCAUCGAAUGUGAAAGUUUACGACUAUUAUCGUCCCGAGCUGAAUGCAAUGGCCACGUAUACAAUUAAUCGAGGGUGUAAUAACACAGAACUGCUCGACAAGUAUGUAAAACUUUCAAUUUACAUGCUAGUAGAAGAUAUCCUGGGAACUGUUGCCACUUAUAAUGGUAAGAUAAAGGAUUCAGAAAGAACCUAACCAGCACAGCUACCACGAGUCCAUGAACACCAACAGCUGCAACUACUUUUAUACCAUACAGAACAGAAGUGUAGUUGAUAAUUGCGUCGAUAUAAUUUGAUGUUAGUUAUUAUUUUAAAUACUGAUUGAUUAUCCACAUAUUACGACUAAGCAUUGUUCACUAGGAAAGCAACAAUUGAAUUAAACGGACGUUAAGAAAAGGAAGGUUUAAAAAUUGAAAAAAUUUGGAUUCGAAAUUGGGGGUUUGGGAAUUAUAUCAUUGAGAUAUUUGAAGGGUCGAAGAUCUCGAAAUGUCAGGAGGUGAAAUCUUAGGCAAUUCGGAUAUUUGAGGUUUAAAAAUUUGGAAAUAGGACAUUUCAAUAAAGUAAUAAAUUUUUAUUCCAACAAUUUUGCAUCUUUGGCUAGCUCUCGACAGUUUGAGAAAUGUAACUAAAUCCACUCUGGCUCUCGAACACAAAUAUUUGUACAUAAAUUGAUUCGAUGAAGAGACCUCUUACUCGAUAUAAAUUCAGCUAUACAAUUUUUUCGGAGGAAAAGAAAACAAAGAACACUGCAGAUUGUCCUAUAUACUUAGAUCAACUUCUCUCAAACAUCACCGGUGUUUACUGUUCCGCAAAAUUUGUAGCCAAAGUGUAUUUCAAAGCAAAGUAUGAAAUGCAAACAAUAUCGAAUCUGAGUCCACCUCGAAAUACAUAAUAGUAAAUGAUUAUGUACUAUGAACAAGUUCAAUUUCAAAAAAGAAGUAUUUUUCUCUGAAUUUUUGAAUUUCAAAAUUGAAGAAAUUUUCAAUUUCCCAAGUUCAAUAUUUUUUAGAACUGCGAUGAGAAAUUGGCUUCGCUCCGGUGUAUAAAUUUCAUUAAUUUUUACUUCACGAGAUGUAUGUAAUUCCAUUCCUUCUCCGUUCACAAUAAUUUAUGUUAAUCAAUUUUUCAUGAGUAAUCAUAGAAUAAGUGAUCACGUGUUUACCUUAUAAGAACAUAAUUUGUUAUUAUCUUCAUUAUAACUGUUAAAGAAUAAUUUCUCUGCGUCUUCUCUUAAUAACCUGGUUGAAUAAUAAAUAAAGCUUUUGAUUUACCGAAUU